UCAACCUCAACAGUUGCAACACUGCUUCUUCUCUGAUGGAUUGUGUAUCACAACAAAGUGAUUAUUGCGUACAUUUUGAAAAUGCAGUUUCUUUUAGAAUAGUUAUAUUUACAGGAUUUAUAAGCAAUAUUUAAGAUGGAAGUGAAGAAGCAUAACAGCAAAAGAAAGUGUAAACAAACAGAUAAACAUUAUAAUGACAUGUGUAGGUUAUGUAUGGCAAAGAAUGCAAAAGUGCCAAUUUUUCCUGAAAAGGAUGAGUUAAAACUUGAUAAAGAACCUCCACUUGUGUGUAAAAUUAUGUCAAGUGUUAACAUUCAGAUGAGGAAAGACGAUGGUUUGCCCUCCCAUAUCUGCUGUGACUGUGCUUCAAAAGUACAAUCUACUUAUGAUUUUCUUCGUCUGUGUGAAAUGUCAGAUUCUUUCUUACGACAGUUCUUGGACUUUGGACUUGACAUAUCAUGGGUUUUUCGGUAUAGUGAGCUUCUUCGAGUGAUUGAUCGCAAUGAGGAGUAUUCAUCUGAUGAACAAUAAUUUUGUACUUUUUAAACACAUAAGAACUUGGUUUAAUAUUCAUAAAACUUAUAAAUAUUGUAAAUAAUAUUGUGAAUAAAUAAAUUGUGUAUGUACAUUUCCA